UAAAUACACAGCAAGUUUCGGAUUGCAAACUGCAAUUUAACAGCAAAUCUUAACGAUAAGAUUUAUUUUACCAUUUAAAUUAAAUGAUAAAACCUUUACUGUUUACGUUUAAGAAAUGCAAAGUUCGAUCCUUUAAAAGGUUGUUUUUCAAGUUUCAGAAUUUAUCGUUGAAGUAUAUAUGCGGCGUAUAUGCAUAUCCUAGAAAUGUCGAAGUUUUUUAAAGCUUGACAUGUUGUUCUGCCUUGGUGGAACUCGGAAGUGAUGUUUAAUUGGGUUGCGGUCUGCUUGAACUGCUUUAAACUGUUGGUUUAUGCAGUUUGCUUAUCUGUCAGAUUGUAAGAAAUCGCUGAAAUGUCUUGCUUUCGCGUUGUAUUGCGGAAUUCAUUGAGACUCAUUCCAAAACGCGGAAUUCAAACCUCAUCCGUGACGUUCUGCGGUUUGCCAGGAUCCGUUUGUGUCCAUGGAAAGUCGCAGCAUUACAUCCACAAACCAAGCGAACACAUCUUACCCGGGUUCUCCAGUUUUCAAUCCUAUCGCGCCUCGAAUUCUCAAGGUUUUGCAUCAAAUGCCGCAGUCUCUGAAGAAGCUGAACCCGCCGAAGAUGAGCAGCUUGCUCCCGAAGACGCGCCUGCUGCAGCAGGCAAAAAAGUUGCGGACAGCGAACGCGAUCCGCGUGAUCGUACCCGUUUGAUACCGUGGCAAACCAGUGCGGAGUAUCUAAAAAGUCAGGCCUAUUUCAACACGUACGGCCAGCAACCGGUAUGGAAGCCCUACAGAAGACCGCACAAGGGUGGCAUUCCGCCAUCGAAGACUAGGCGAAUGUGUGUUAAAGAAGGCAAAAUUGCGAUUGGCAGUCCGUGCCCGAUAUGCCGUGAUGAGUAUCUUGUCCUGGAUUAUCGCAACACCGAACUCCUAAAGCAGUUCAUUUCACCAUAUUCCGGGGAAGUUCUUAGUUAUCAAGUGACGAAUAUCUGCCAAGCCAUGCAUAAUCGGCUUUUGGUGGAGUUGGCCAAAGCCAGCCAUUUCGGAACGAUGUCCUUCAAGACACCUUUUAGAACAUAUGACUAUGCUGAUUAUUACAAAUCGGGUAGCAGUAAAUUCACAUCCUCGGCAACACGAAAUCAUAUCGAAGACAGUCCUUCCUCUGCGGCGGUGCAAAACAGCAGUAUGAAUAGAGGACCGGAAGUACAAGCAACUGUGCAGAGCUCGUAACCCUGUCUGAUCUUCUUCGUGAACCGGCUGUUUGUUUAAUGUCCGAAAAUUGAAAUAAAGGCGGCUUCUGAAGUCUGAUUAUCCGUUGGAUAACGAUAAUGUCGUGAACUGGUAUACAGUA